UAUAUAGUUUGUUUCUUCAUUUUAAGUCCUUUGUUUUACAGACGGCUAAUUGACUCCACUAAAGAGGAAAACUAUUUACCAUGUAAAGUGGGUCCCAAGCCAAUUAGAUUCUCAGGUCCUUCAACAAGUACACACAUCAAAGUUAAGAAUUCAGCUUCAUUAAAGGUAGCUGCUUGCAAUGCUUCACAUUCUGCAGUAACUCUUAAAUGACCCAAUAGUGAAAGUUUGAUUCUGCACAAAGUAGCUUCUGAAACUGAAUCUACAACAUGCACAUCAGAGCCCAGCAAUUCCCAGUUGCCCUGUGGAAGGCAGAGUGCUGAUUAUGGAACACCAUGUCAAAUGACUUUGAAGAUCACAGUGCCUAGAAAGCCUGUAAGCAGCCGUGUAGUAAAGCUGAAGUGCACUCCACUUUUUCUUGCAACACCAUCUCAGUCAUCAUCUUCUGUGUCCAGUAAAACAAGUGAACAGGACAAUGCUGCUAUUGGAAUUCCUACUACUUCUAUGGUACUAAGCAAGAAAGAACCAGCUGUAUUAACAGAGAAUAUUAAGAGCGAUAAAAUGGAUGGAUAAUGUUUGACUCAGCCCAAUAGGCUGGACAGCUUGGCAUCAUCUAGUCAAAGAAGAGCUCAUCAUCUCAUGUUGUCAUGUAUUCAAAGAUUUGGUAGAAAAUCAUGGUGAAAAAGUUAAUCAAGGGCAUAGAGAGAAAUGGCUUUACAUGAGCAGUGAAUUGUAUUUUCUGCUUUAUGUCAAAUUAUU